CAGCAGCCGCUGCCGCCGCUGGAGGACGAGGAGUCGCCGCUGCCCAUCGAGGACGCGGAGCUGGCGCUGGCCGGGAUCAACCUGCUGCUGAACAACGGCUUCCGCGAGUCCGACCAGCUCUUCAGGAAAUACCGAAACCACAGUCCAUUAAUGAGUUUUGGGGCCAGUUUUGUCAGUUUUCUGAAUGCCAUGAUGACAUUUGAAGAAGAGAAAAUGCAGUUGGCUUGUGAUGAUUUAAAAGCCACAGAAAAACUGUGUGAGAGUGAAGAAGCAGGAGUUAUAGAAACAAUCAAGAAUAAAAUUAAAAGAAAUGCUGAUGGCAGAAAAUCUGCACCAUCCAUGAUGGAUCGACUACAGAGACAGAUAAUUGUAGCAGACUGUCAAGUUUACCUGGCUGUGCUUUGUUUUGUAAAACAGGAAUUGUCAGCAUACAUAAAAGGUGGGUGGAUCCUUCGAAAAGCCUGGAAAAUUUACAAUAAAUGCUACGUGGACAUUAAUACACUUCAGGAAGUAUAUCAAAAGAAGAUAACUCAGGAAUCCUUGACUUCUGAUGCUGCAAAUGAUAAUCAUAUUGCUGCAGAAGGUGUAACGGAGGAUUCGCUAAACAGACUGAAAGGUGCUGUUAGCUUUGGAUAUGGACUUUUUCAUCUUUGCAUAUCCAUGGUGCCCCCAAACCUGCUCAAAAUCAUCAACCUGCUGGGUUUUCCUGGAGACCGCCUACAGGGGCUUUCAUCACUGAUGUAUGCAAGUGAAAGUAAGGACAUGAAGGCCCCUUUAGCUACAUUAGCUUUGCUGUGGUACCACACAGUAGUUCGCCCCUUUUUUGCUUUGGAUGGCAGCGAUAACAAGGCAGGACUGAAAGAGGCUAAGGAGAUUCUUCUGAAAAAAGAAGCUGCUUAUCCAAAUUCUUCUUUGUUUAUGUUCUUCAAGGGAAGAAUACAGCGAUUAGAGUGUCAAAUCAACAGUGCCUUGACCUCCUUUCAUACUGCUUUGGAACUUGCAACAGAUCAGAGAGAGAUCCAGCAUGUCUGCCUAUAUGAAAUUGGCUGGUGCAGCAUGAUAGAAAUGAAUUUCAAAGAUGCAUUUGAAUCCUUUGAAAGGCUUAAAAAUGAAUCAAGAUGGUCCCAGUGCUAUUAUGCCUACCUGACAGCAGUGUGUCAAGGAGCCACUGGUGAUGUGGAUGGUGCGCAGAAUGUAUUCAAGGAAGUUCAGAAGCUUUUCAAAAGAAAAAACAAUCAGAUUGAACAAUUCUCAGUCAAAAAGGCAGACAGAUUUAGGAAGCAGACACCAACCAAAGAGCUCUGUGUGCUGGCAUCCAUUGAAGUGUUGUAUUUGUGGAAAGCCCUUCCAAACUGUUCCUUUUCUAACCUACAGCAUAUGAGCCAAGCUUGUCAUGAGGUUGAUGAUUCAUCUUCUGUUGGUUUGAAGAAUUUGCUUCUUGGUUCCAUACAUAAAUGCUUAGGAAAUUCUGAAGAUGCGGUUCAGUUCUUUCAGCGAGCUGUUAAAGAUGAACUGUGCCGUCAAAACAACUUAUACAUUCAGCCAUAUGCUUGCUAUGAACUCGGCUGUCUUUUGUUAGACAAUCCAGAGACUGUGCCAAGAGGCAAAAUCUUACUUCUCCAGGCAAAGGAGGAAUUCACUGGAUAUGAUUUUGAGAACAGAUUGCAUGUCCGCAUACAUGCAGCCUUAGCGUCUCUGAGGGAAGUGGUUCCACAGUGACAGCCAGGAAGUCUUGACAUAUUCUUUCCCACGGUUUCCGCACUUUAAGAUAAAGCAGAGGUUAAGCUUUUGGGAAGAUUGGCUUUUCUUCUGAAAACCACCUGUGCCAGAGACACUUUCCUAGAAUGUUCAGAGUUGGUGUGACGUAGUAAAGUAUUAGUCUUAAUCAUUAAAAACAAAAUAAGUCAGACAGAAAGAGAGGGUUAAGUGAUGUCGUGUUUUAACUCUGUUUAGUUUAAGCCAAGCUGAAAACGUGUAGUCUGAUCGUAGCCUUACCUGCACAAUAAGCACAUAUCUGAUUUACCACAACAUUGGCUCAGUUUUGAUAGGUAUCAUUUACCUGUUUAAAUAUAUCUAAAAGAUGUUUUCUAGGGAGAACAACCUCAUGUUUGAUGAAAAUAAUACAAUAUAAAUAAUUGUUGAAAAUUGUAAGUUUGCAGAGAUGGACAGAACUUUUUUUUUCCUUCAAAAGCCAACAAAAAGGGCACAAAAGAAGAAAAUUGUUCAGCCAGGAUAAUAGCCAGUCUGCUUAUUAUAUUUACUGGGUUAAUCCAAUGUCUUGAUGAUGCAUAUUGUGUGUAUAUUUUAGAAAACUUCCACCCAUAUUUGUGAUAAAUUUAUGAAAAUAUUUAGGUUCUCUGCUUCUGGUAUGUUCGACAGAUAUUUUGUUUUUGACAUUUAGUUACUGUAUGGGUCAUUUUAGUUUUGUUCUUAAUGUUCUACACGGUGCAUUGGCCUGCUAGGCUAGAUGUUCCAAAGUUUAGCAAAUUCUUUUCCACUUAGGUUGCUAAAUAUUGUAAGAUAAGGCAGUAACCUUAAAAAGUAAUUUUUAAAACCCCUUAUUUUUAAGUAAGGUUGUCUUACUGAAUAGUAUCACUUCCCUUACUUCCAUAUAUGGUACUCUAAACCUCAGAUGUUUAAAGUAUUCAUGUACCUCAGUCAGCUUAAGAAUAUUUGCCACAACCAUAUAACUUGAAAAACAUGGCCAAACGUGUAGUAAUACUGUAAUCUGUUUACCUGACAAUCAGUAAUAUUCACUGUCUUUUUAUGUUGUUACAUUCUUUUUAGUAUAAUAUUUUAUGGAGAUAUACAUUUUACUUACAAAAAAUGUGAAACCUGGCCAGAAUGGUAGUAAAUUCUGUUGCUUUGCAUAACGGAUGACUGGAUUUCCUUGGAAAUGGUUAGCAUAAAGCCUUAUCUUUGCUCCAGCCAGGUUGCUUUAAAUGUUUCCCUAGCUCAAUUUCUUUCUCUCUCUCUAAUUUUAUCUCUGCAGAAUGUUUCCAAAAUGUAGUAUUUUGCCCACAUCUAACCUGCACUGGUUUGCUUCAGGAGUUGUAUCUCAAAUGAGACCUGAUAUGGAGGGGGGGAAAGUAAUGCUGUAUAUUCACUAGGCAGGGAGAAAAGAUUAGGAUAACAAUCUUUGCUUUCUAACUAGAAAUACAGAAUUCCCACCAUUAGGGAUUUGCUUAGGAGCAGUCCAAUCUCCCCUUUUUAUUGCAGUCCAAGAUGAGGAGAAAGACUUUGUGAAUCCUAGAGGCUAUAAUGUAGCUUUAUUGUUUUAUGAUCUAGUUACAGUCCAUGUAGUUAACAUGUUUCUCCUUAGGUUUGAUUCAGUAAUACUGAGUCACAAAAUUCUGGCUUUUGUGGAGUUCAAUCCUUAUUUGAAUUGGUCAAUUCAAACAAGUAUUGGAUAGAAACAUUAUACUGUAUAUUACUUAGAACCCUGAUUGUGGUUUAAAAGUGAGCUUAAUAUACCUGACUUCUUUUUAUUUCUGACUUUUUUUGUUUCUUAACCAAGAAUAUAGUCCGCUCUGGAUAAGUAGCAAAUAGGCAACUUUACAUUACCCACAGAUUUCCUGUAGUACACCAUUUGAACUGAAUGCAAGAACAUACUGUCCAGGACACACAACUCCUGCAUUCACUUUGUGUUGAGAUGUGAAGGGUCCAAAUACCCCAGAUGAAUAGUAGACACAUUGUGAAAGUAGGCUUACCAAAUGGCCUACUCCUCUUACCAGGUCUGUUGAGUUGGAGUGGCAUGGAAACAGACUUGUCUCACUAUGUACUCAUACAACACCUCAGCUCUGUGCAAGUUUUAGUUUCUCCAUGAAGUCCAGAAAAUCAUCACUGAAGUGGAACUGUUUCUGUAUUUUUCUCCCCUCAUAGGAGAAUCUCCUUAUUUGUAAAUGUCAGUUAUUUUUUAUAUUAGAUUAUGCCUGUGAUGAGAACAAUCUCAACUGUAUUUUACAUAACUUGAAUAAGUUUUUAUACUUUAGAGCUCGGAGGCAUGGUCUAAUUGCAAUAAUGCAAUAUGCAUCUUCCUGGUGAAUAUGUUUAAGAUUUUAUCUUCAUUGGGUCAGGUAUUUUUUGGUUGUUGACACAGUUUUUAUCUCAUUAUGACUCAUUUCAAGUAAAUAACUAGAAUUUUUAGAUAUCACCAAAAAUAAGAAUAUUUAUUGUGGUGUACUGUACAUGUCAUUAAUUUACAGAAAUUGCACUUUUAUAUUUCUGCUGAGUAAAAUUAAAAGAAAACAUGGACCAGAUUGUUCUCUUGCUCUUUAAAAUUACCAUUAGUCAGUGGCUUCCCGAAUACAAAGAUGCCAAGUAUUCAUAAACUUCCUGGUUGUUAGUGAAUUGUCUAACAGCAGUUACCUCAAUUUCUGUUCUUCCAGCAUGGUUUUAGUCUUCUGGUUUAGAAAAUGGGUUACAUAUUGAGCUCAGUCAUGGCAUGGACAUGAAGAUUUGACACUCAUUGUAAAGACCUUAAUUUUAUUCCCCCAAAAAAUCUGUACCCACAGUAUUUCUCCAUUUUCCAAAAAUGUCUCCAGUUUUCUGUCAAACGAGCAUAUUAAUUGCUUAUUUUGCUAACUUGAGAUGCUAGUUUUGUAUUCUGGCCAUGUUUGGUUCUUAAAUAAAAUUCCCAAAGCCUUGUAUUGAA